UGGCAACAUGAAAGUCCUAGCAGUGACUCUAUUGGCUCUAGUGGCGCUCGCCACCGCGAGAAACAUUGACCUCGAAGAUGUGAUCGAGCUUGAAAUGAUCACCGCAUAUGAUUACCACAACAAGAUUGGUAAGGGUUUGGCUGAGGAGAUUCGUGCAGCUGAGCAGGAAUCAUCAAGAAUUGCUGGAGGCUCAACUGCCAAUCUCGGACAGUUCCCUUACCAGGCUGGUCUUAUUGCUGACAUGGGCUCUUGGGAGAGUGUUUGCGGUGGUUCUCUUCUGAACUCACGAAGAGUCCUUACUGCUGCUCACUGCUGGAAUGAUGGUCAGAACCAGGCUAGAAGAUUCACAGUCGUUCUUGGGUCAGUCCGUUUAUUUAGCGGUGGCACCAGGUUGAGUACUACUAGCGUAGCUAUGCAUGGAAGCUGGAAUCCAACCUUUGUACGUAAUGACAUCGCCAUGAUCACUUUACCCUCUGCCGUCUCUACAUCAAGCAACAUUGGUUUCAUCGCUCUGCCCUCUGGUAACGAGCUCAACAACCAAUUCGCUGGCUCUACUGCUACUGCAUCUGGAUUCGGUAUCAACAGGGAUGGCGGAGCUGUCAGUGGAUCUUUAUUCCACGUCAACUUGCCCGUCAUCACCAACGCUGUGUGCCGCAACACCUUCCUUCUUAUUCAAUCUUCUAACAUUUGCACCAGUGGUGCGAAUGGCAGAAGCACUUGCCGCGGUGACUCCGGUGGCCCUCUUGUAGUCACCAGCGGUGGCAGGCGUAUCUUGAUUGGUGUGACCUCCUUCGGACAUAUCGAUGGCUGCACGCGUGGACACCCAGCUGCCUUCGCUAGAGUCACCUCUUACAUCAGCUGGAUCAACCAACGUCUCUAAAUCUUUCGAAAAUACGACUUCAUACAAAAGAUAACUUUAAGACAAAUGUGACUAUUUAAAAAAAUAUCUCUUUUAUUUCGUUUCCCUAAUAAUAUCAACAAUAUACCAAAGUUGGUCUGUUCGCCAAUGAAGAUAGUUUAAA